AUGGAAGAGGCAUCCCAGGCAAUCCUCCAGAAUGCUUCGGAUUUCAGUGGUGGUAAAUUUGAUUGCAAAACCUUCCUUGGAAGCGUCGUCAGUUCCCUAGUCCGGCAUAUUGAUCAUAUUCCUCAGGAGCUAUUAUCACCACUUCUUUCAGCCAAAUCUACAACCAAGCCUUCACGGUCUCGCAGAGACGAAUCCCUGGAAUACAUCCGAAAGACCACAAAGGAUGAUAUUGUUUGCUCCAACUAUGUGGAGCAACAAAUACACCGAUUGCAAGAACAGCCUUCUGCAUUUUUGGAUGGAUUUAUCGAACAUUCUCCGAGGCAUGGUGGGGCAAAUGUGUUGAGUAUCCUCUAUGAUAAGAACAGAGAAGCUGAAAGUGACUAUGCUGUUACGCGCUCGUUUUCGACAACUGCUCUAUAUCUUUUAGCCAAGGAUUUGAUGAGAUACUUGGGAUACAAGAAUCUGGCUGGAGGGGCACUCGACGGACUGGUUGACAUGAUAUUCAGAGGUCAAAGUGGGUCAGACGAUAGGGAAACUGUGAAGGAGAACGUUAAGAAGUACUACGACGCUGGUAGCAGAUGGUAUGCAUAUUCUCAGGCUUUGGGGGGAUAUGGUUGUUUUUUUUUUCUCCCGCGGCUCCCUAUAACUGUAUAUGAGGUGUUCCUAAACAAAGGAGAUAAUUUUAUCUUUGCAAUUGGCCACUUUACCAUUUUAGGUCUACCUGAUAAGGUGAAAGAUGGUAACGCCAACGAAGUCGGGAACAAUAUCAUAUCCUAUAUCAAAUCACGUUUCGAUUCGUUCAAGCCGAAUAUAACGUUAAUUAACCCUCAUGCGCCUCGGCUGGGAAAAAAGCGCCACACGAAGCCUUCCCGAAAAUCACAUGGCCGCGCAGAGAAAAAGCAGCGAAGAAAUACACAUGAGCCUAGUCAGAAUCCUGUGGAUGCGGAGUCAUCUGAUGCUCAUUUGGCGACCCAUGGGCAAGCAGGGGUUCGGGCAACGCAAAACACACCACAGCUUUCCAACGCUCACUUAUCAUCCGGGCGAGCAGAUGGUGUGCAAAUUCUUAUCCUUCCAAGCUCCGCAUCUGCUAACGAAUUACGGCAUCGAAAUCAUAGUAUUUCUUCUCAAAUGCAGACUAGCGAAGACAUAGCUAUGAGAGAAUGCAAUGCGAAAUCAACGAAUCAGUCCGCCCCUUGCAACGUCCAUGCAGAGCGAGAUUUCCGUCUCCAGGCAGACGAGACUCCAACGGAAAUACAACCUGGUGAUAAACAGCAAGAUCAUCCAAGCACCGAGAACAGUAUGCGUGAAACGCGAAUACAAGAUGCACAAUACCAGUAUACGGGGAAUUGCGAAACACAACCGUCGUCGAUAAGGCCCACUCUAGAAUGUCUCCAGGAGUAUACCUCGUAUCAGCAAGCCAAUGAGCUGAACUUAUCACCGCAGUCAUUCAACAUGGAGUCAGAGCAUGUUGAUAGAAAUUCUGACCAAGUAAAUAUUGGGACCUCAUCAAGAACAACUACCCAACUUGGUCAGCAUGGCAUAGACGGAUUGUCUGCAUCGGCCGGAUCAUCCCACCAGAUUAUCCAAGACGGUCCGUAUCAACCAGUCGCUGAGGAUCAGCCGGAGGAAGCGCAGAGCGAGCGCACUGAAUGCAUGGUCGAACAUCCUGUUGAACAUUUUUGUAUCCGGCGAUGCGGUGUGAACGAGCAUCUCUACCAUGCUUAUGUGGAACAGCAAGCGAACAGCCUUGAUGUGCCAUUGCAACCAGCAGAGAGCAGACCAGAGCAGCCCAAUCAAACAAAUGAUGCCAACCUUUUUAGUCAUACGGCUGUAAACGGCUUGUCACCGAUGCAGAUAUUAUGCGAUGGUUCAAGGUAUACUUUUAAUGACCUGCCCAAUCCACUACCGAAUUUAUCAGACUACGAUUGGCAAAAUCUCCCUAAUCCAUUGGUCGCCAGUGCUUCCUCUGAGAGCAUCAGGCCAAACCGCUCUCGCUUGCCUGGUCCGUUCAAUAUCGGAUCGCCAAAUACUGUUAAUAGUAUGACCUUUAAUUGGCACGAUCUCCCGAACCCACUCGAUGUUGAUGUCCUUACAAUCCCAGAAUAUACUUGGAAUAAUUUACCGAAUCCGCUUAGCCAUUAUCAACAUUCCAAUUGGUAG